UUACUGUUGUGUUCUGUUUUUUGUCAUAUCUUUCAGAUCUCAUGCCAAAUGCUGUUGCUCAGUUUAUUGGUCAACCAAGGUAGAUCCGCAUUUUGUGAUGUUGAUUGUAACCUGUUCCAGGACCUGGUUGCACCAGGUCAUCUACAUGGAGGUUUAGUUCAGCCAACCUGGAUUCUUCCAAUUGGCAUAGUGUUUACAGAGGCAUGAGUCACCUGGAGAGUGGCUCUGUGGUGUGGGUGCGGCUGGGCCAAGCUUGGUGGCCUGGAACCAUCACCACCGAUGCCAAGUGCCCGCCGGAAUAUGUCGAGGGGAUUCGGAAGAUGCCUUUAGCCAUUGUCAAAUUCUUCCAUGAAAAUAAAUAUCAAGAUGUUCACAAAUCGGAGCACAUAUGCCCUUACAACAAUGAGAGGAAGGAAGAAUUCAUUAGGAGAGGGCAAUGUAUCAACAGAAACCAGAGUCAAGGAGAAGUGGAUCUACUGGCCAAGUUUGAAGCUGAUGUGGUGACAGCAGAGAAACUUACAGGAGGGGACAUGAACAUCCUACACACCUUGGGUGAGGUUGCGGACGCAUGUAGGCCAUCCCAGAACAUUCAGAGUAGCCCCACGAAUCCCCGUCUAGAAUUGGAUUAUGCGUUUAUUUCUCACAAGCUGAUGGCUUCCUCUGACUCCCUGUGUUCACCGUGUGUUGCCAAUGAUGAUAGUAUACCAAGACCCCAGGAGAAUUUGUGGCCAGAGCUAGGAGAGGGAGUCUCUGAGGAACAUAAGGCUCGUUCUCAGGUUGACUCUAACACAUAUAAGGUGAGAAACCCCCACAGUAAUGAUAAAAACCAGAGCAAUUAUCAACCUAAUGAUGUUCAAAGUCUUCAAGAGCUGACUGGACACAAAAGGGUCUUUAUAAAUGAUAACAUAUUGGUAAGCCAUAGUACAGAAUUGAGUGAGCUGGAAGUUGCACAUAAGCAUUCUGAUUCACACCUACCUGUAGAAGAAUAUCCAUGUAGCGAUGAAGUGGAUCUGACAAAUAGUAUCAGUGCUAAUGCUAACCAGAAUGUUAAAGGUGUUAUAAAACAUGAUAAGAUUGCUGAUCAUGAUGCUAACUCUGGUGGAAGUAACAAAUGCCAAUACGGUACUGAAGACAUGUUUGGUUCCAAUUCACUGGUAUGUAGACAAGGCUAUAAUAUUGACAGUCUUGAUUGUCAGAGACUUCAAGGGAAAAAGUGUCUUAGUGAGGCACAAGAUCAAAUUCAGUUCAAUACUAUUUUACUAGGUCAGGUUCACAAGGAAGACGAUGAAGAUCCAGAAGAAAUCAAGGUCAGGAAAGCCAAUGAUGGUCAAAUAUAUUAUGUAGAUGACAAUAAUGAUCAAGAAGAAAAUAAGGAAAGUGAGGCUAAUGAAGGUCAGUUAGAUAAUGAAGGAGGAGGCAACAAUCGACAAGAAAUCCAAGUCAGUAAGGUAAGGGAACAUCAUAUGCAUUAUGGAAAAGAGGAUAACAAUUCACAAGACAUGCAAGCUUUUAGAGCCUAUGAAGUUCAGUUGCAUUAUGGAGAAGCAGAGAAAGAUAAAAAAGUAACAAGACCCAUAGGAAUCAAUACAAAUCAGACUCAGUGUAAAGAGGAUAAUAAUCAAGAAAUGGAAACCAGUGACAAUCAAAUGCAUUAUUUUGAAGAGGAUAAUGAUCAAGAAAUCAAAUCACGUGAUGCCUGUGAAGAUCAAACACAAUUUGAAGAAGAGGAUAAUGCUCAAGAAAAAAUCAAAACCACUGAAGCUGGUAUGCAUUACCUAGAUGAGGGCAACGAUCGACAAGUCAAACCCAGUGAAUAUCAGAAGUUUUAUGGCAAAAAAGAAAUCAGUUAUGGUGAAACCAAUGAAGGUUGGAACUAUUAUGGCGAAAAGGAUAAUGAUAAAAGAGAAAUAAAACCUUUUGGUAAAAAGGAAAUUAGUGUACAUUAUGGGGGAGUAGAUAAUGAUUAUAAACUUAAAUCCAGUGAAGCCCAUGAGGGUCAGAUGUAUUAUGGGGAUGAAAAUAUAAAUAAAAUGGAAGUUACUGCAAGUGAAGUCAAUAAUGGUCAGAAGAACUAUGAAAAAGAUAAUACCGAACAAGAAGAAAUGACAGCUAGUGAAGCCAAUGAAUGUGAUGUACAUUGUAUAGACAAAGAUAACACUCAAGAAAUUAUUGUUAGUGAACCAUCUGAAGGUGAGGCACAUUAUAGUGAUAAGGAUAAUGAUUUAGAAAUCAGUGUUGGUCAGAUGCUUUAUGGAGAAGAGUGUAAUGAUCAAGAAGAAUUUAAAGACAGUGGAGCCAAUAUACGUGCGAAUCAUUAUGAUGAAGAGUAUAAUAAAGAAGUAAUAAAAGCCAAUGAAGUUCAGAUGUAUAAUGUUGAUGAGGAAAAUGGUCAAGAAAUAAAAUUAAAUAAAGAGCAGACAUUUUACAGAGAAGAAAUAAAUUCAGAUGAAACUAAUGAAAGUUGGAUGUAUUGUGUAGAAGAAGAUGAUAAGAGAGAUAGCAAAGUCUUUGGUAAAAUUGAAGGUCAAUUUGAGGAGAAUAAUUCUGAGGAAAUCAAGAUCGAUGAAGUCAAUGAAGGUCAUGUGUUUUAUGAUGAAGAGUCCAAUACUCAAGAAGAAAUAAAAAACACUGAAACAAAUGAAAGUAGAAUGCAUUAUGAGGAAGUGAAUAAUGAUCAAGAAAUUAAAGUUAUUAGAAGUCAGAUGUACUGUGUAAAGGAUGGUAAUGAUCCUGAAGAAAUGAAUGAAGCCAAAGAAGGUCAGAUGCAUUAUGGAGAAGAGCAUAAUUAUCAAGAAGAAAUAAAAACAAAUGACGAUCUGGUGCAUCAUGAAGAAGAGCAUAAUGAUCAAGAAGAAAAUGCAAAUGAAGGUCAGAUGCAUUAUAUAGAUUAUAAAGAUCAUGAGGAAAUUAUAGCUAGUGAAGGUAGCAUGUGUCAGUUGCAAUACAAAGGUGAUGAUACUAAUAAAGAAAUCACAGCCAGUUUAUCCAGUAAAGGUCAGAUGUAUUUUGGAGAUGAACAUAGUGAAGAUAGCUAUCAAGCUCAAUUCAAAACCAGUUAUGGUCAAAUGAAUUAUCAGGUAAAGGAUAGUGUUCAAGAAGAAAGCAUUACCAUGGAGGGUCCAGCACACCCUGAAGGUGAUGAUAAUGAUCAGGAAGAGAGUGUUGUCAUGGAAGGUCCAGCACACUCUGAAGGUGAUGAUAAUGAUAAGGAAGAAAGCACUACCAUGGAGGGUCCAGCACACUCUGAAGGUGAGGAUAAUGAUCAGGAAGAAAGCACUACCAUGGAAGGUCCAGCACACUAUGAAGGUGAGGAUAAUGAUCAGGAAGAAAGCACUACCAUGGAGGGUCCAGCACACUCUGAAGGUGAGGAUAAUGAUCAGGAAGAAAGCACUACCAUGGAGGGUCCAGCACACUCUGAAGGUGAGGAUAAUGAUCAGGAAGAAAGUACUGUCAUGGAAGGUCCAGCACACUCUGAACCUGAGGAUAAUGAUAAGGAAGAAAGCACUACCAUGGAGGGUCCAGCACACUCUGAAGGUGAGGAUAAUGAUCAGGAAGAAAGCACUACCAUGGAAGGUCCAGCACACUCUGAAGGUGAGGAUAAUGAUCAGGAAGAAAGCACUACCAUGGAGGGUCCAGCACACUCUGAAGGUGAGGAUAAUGAUCAGGAAGAAAGCACUACCAUGGAGGGUCCAGCACACUCUGAAGGUGAGGAUAAUGAUCAGGAAGAAAGUGCUGUCAUGGAAGGUCUGGCACACUCUGAAGGUGAGGAUAAUGAUGAAGAAAUUGAAGCCAAUGAAGGUCAGAUACUUUAUGGAGAAGAUGAUAACACACUAGAAAUCAAAGCCAGUGAAAGUCAGGUGCAUUUUUUGGAUAAUAACAGUAAGAAAAAAUUCAAGACCAACAAAACCAAUAAAAGUCAGAUACGUUUUGAAGAAGGGAAUAAAGGUCAAGAAGAAAUCAAAGCCAUUACAGAAAAUAAAGAUCAGGUACAUUAUGGAGAAGAUAAUUUCAAUCUAGAAGAAAUAAAAGUAAAUGAAGAUCAGGUACAAUAUAGAGAAGAAUUCAGUGAUGAAGAAAUGGAAGCCACCAAAGGUCAGAUGCAAUAUGAAAAAGAUGAUAAUGAUAAAGAAGAAAUGGAUAUCAAUGAAGCUAAUGAAGGUCAGAUGUAUUAUGAAGAUGAUGAUGAGCAAAACAAAAUUAUUGCCAAUGUAGGUCAGUUACAUUUUGAAGAAAUGGAUAAUGAAAUAAAAACCAUUGAUGGUCAGAUGCAAUAUGGAAGUGAUGAUAGUGAUCAGUUAGAAGUCAAAACAAUUAGAGAACAUAAAGGUCAGAUGCAUUAUGGAGAAGAGCAUAAUGUUCAAGAAGAAAUAAAAGCCAAUGAAGGUCAGAUGCAUUAUGAAGGUGAGGAUAUAAAUCAAGAUGUAAUUAAAGUGAAUGAAAGUCAAGUGCAUUAUAGAGAAAAGAAUAAUUACUUAAAAGAAAUUACUCCCACUGAAGAAAAUGAAGGUCAAAUACAUCAUGGAGAUGAGUUUAACAUUGAAGAAGUAAACAAUGUUACUAAAACCAAUGAAGAUGAGACCCAUUAUGUGGAAGAUAACGAUAAAGAAGACUGUCUCAGUGAAGGUAACGUUAUUCAGACGCAUUAUGAAAAAGAUGUUUAUAAUCAAGAAAAAUUCAAAGCCAGUGAAUGUGAAAUGAAUUAUGGAGAAGAGGUGAGCGAUGAAGAUAUUAAAGGCAGCGAAGGUCAAUUGCAUUAUGAAGAAAACAAUGGAAGUGGAGAAGAUGACAUAGUGCAUAUUGAUAGUAGUGAGAAAGAUGAAGGUGAGAUAUAUUAUAAAGAAGACACUGGAAGUGAGCACAUUGACUUAGAACAAAGCAAUACUUGUGAAACAGAUAAAUAUUGGAAGCAUUGCAAGGAACACACACAAAUUAAUGAAGAAGAGAAAGACUAUUAUACUGAAGCAAAACCUAGAGACAAAAGUAAUAUCAGGGAAGUAAAGGAGGAUACUCAACGUGAAGUAACCAGUAGAAGAAAGAUCAGUGAUCAGGAUGAAUUUGUUAUUGCGGAAGCAAGUCAACUACAUACUCAGGAAGACAGUAGAAGUAAGGUAAGUUAUCAAGAUCAGCUUUACACUACUGAAGCAGAUGAUGAGAGUCACAAAGAAGAUAGUGAUGGUGAGGAUAAUGAUCUUCAGAUUUCUCCUUUCAAAGAAGAAAGUGUUGUACUUGAUGGGGGAGAUGGUAGAAAAGAGGCCAUUGAUCAUGACCCAAUUCUUUGUACUGAAGCAGAUGAACAUAAAGUGUAUUGUGAAGACAAUGGCAGUCAGGUAUGUGAUCAGAAAGGCACUCUAAGAGACAACUCUGAAGAAGGGAAAGAUGACAACAAUAAAGCAAAAACUCUGAAAGGUAAUAUCACUGAAGCCAAAAAGAUUGUUUGUGAGAUCAAGAACCAUGGACAAAAUUGUUCUCCUGUAGUUGAGGACAAAUUUGACAGUGAAGAAAAAUAUCACAAACAAAUCUGUGAAACUGUAGCAAAAGAAAAUUUUGUAAAUGAAGGCCAAGAAAAAGAUACAGAAGCAGAGGAUAAUUUGUAUUGUAAUACAGAAGAAGACAAAAAAAUUGCUACCACUGUGACAGAAGAAGACUUUGAUGAUGAAGCAAGAGACAAAAAGCAAACUCAUAAUUUUCCCGAGAACAGCUAUUUUUGCCAUCAUAUCCAAAUUAAUUUUGAUAAGCAAGAACCUCAGACAUUUGUUGAUUCAGCUAGGCAUUUGCAUCACUGUGAAUGUAGGGAAGAACAAGAUAGUGUUAAUGCAGGUAUUCAUGAACACACACACAAUGCUGCACAAGAACAUUACCAUAGUCAGACACAGGGACAAUAUAAAGCAUCUGAAGAACAGCGUGGAUGUAUCACUCAAGAACAACAACAUGAAGAUACACAGGGACAGUCUCAUAAACAUUUCAAAGAACCUUGCCAGGUGGAUAUAUCUUCACAUAAAUGUCAGAUGGAAACAAGUGUAAUAGUUGAUAUGGUAGGUGUAAAGUUAAGAAGCUUGAGUGUUAAUGAUGAUGAUGGUGUGCAGGGUGUUAAUCCAAAAGUGUCCACAUAUUUGCCUGCUGAACAAGUUAAGUGUCAUCCAGGUAUGAGUGACGGUAAUUUUCAGUAUGCUGGGGCACAUACAGUGUGUGUUGCAAACACUAGAAACUUCAAAGAUCUUGGGUGUGAGGUAAAUAUUGACAAUUGUGAAAAUAAAAUUCAUAGUGAAUUUUCAUAUGAAGAUUCUGUUGCAAGCACAAGUCAAACACCUGGACAAAGUCAAAUUGUUAGAGACUUGAGCCAAAGACCUGCAGGUUGGAUAACAUUUUUUGAAAAUGAUCACUCCAGUCUGUAUUUUAAAAAGUCACCAAUGCCAAUAAAUGUAGGGAACAAUUCAAAUAGUAUAGUCAGUGGAUGUGAUGUCACUGACUUUGAAGGGUUUGAUGAUAGAUAUAAUGACAAAAUAAAUACUUUGAAGAAAAUUUUAUUAAAUGUUAAGGGGAAAAGAAAGGGUCCUGAUUUUAUACAAAAAGUCACAAAAAUGUUUAAGGGAAGAAAAACUAAGGGAAAGAAUAAAAUAAAAAGGAUAAUUAAAAAAGUUGCAAGAAAGAAGAUAGGUGGUGUAAUGAGGAGGAAAACAAAGGCAACUAGAGAAAAAGUAGGUGUUGUAGGAAAAUGUGAUGUAGAGGAACUGGAAAAUACAGUGGGGAAAACUGAAAGUCAGAAAGAUAGAAAACCUGCUGGUAGAGGAGCAUUUAAGAAUACUAAGAAGAUAGGUAAGAAAAUUAAGAGAGCAAAUACAAGAGGUGCAGUGGGGAAAAAACAGGAAAAGGCUAAAUUUGUGAAUUCAUUUAUUUGUGAAUCAUUCAGAGAAGUGAAAACUGAAAUAAAUUUACCAGAGAAAACAAAAUCUAAAGUUGGGUUCACUGAAAUUGAAAAAAGAAAAGAAAAAAAUAAUUCUAACUCUGAGUCAUUAUUUACAAAAGAGUCUGAUGAUUAUUAUAUCCUUGAAAACAGAAGCACAGUUUCAGAGGUGGAUUUUAGAGAGGACCAAAACACUUUUAGAGACACAAGAAGCCACAUUAGGAAGAGAGUAAACAGUACACAACUGGAAACCUCAGAUAAUAUAACUAAUAUAAGAAAGCGUAAACUAUCGCCUGAUAUUGACGAGCCUUUCCAUGGAGACUUGGAAAGUGAUAGUAGUAAAAAAACAAAUGGAUGCAGCAUUAAGAGUGAUGAAAUAAUAGAUGUUCUCGAGACAGAACCACGAGCGUUGAACCUGUCCAAGAAUCAAUUAAGAACAAUGAGACCAAGUGAAGUAAUGGUUGCUCACGAGACAGAGCCAUUAAGGAUAAACCCGUCUAAGAAACAGUUAAGAACAAGGAAGCCUAGGGAAGUAAUGGUAACUCAUGAGAUGGAACAAUUAGGGAAGAACUUGUCAAAGAAAAAGUUAAGAAGAACGAAGCCUAGUGAAGUAAUGGUUGCUCAUGAGACGGAACCAUUAGGGAUAAACCUAUCCAAGAAAAAGUUAAGAACAAGGAAGCAUAGUGAAGUAAUGGUUGCUGAUGAGACGGAACCAUUAGGGAUAAACCUAUCCAAGAAAAAGUUAAGAAGAAUGAAGCCUAGUGAAGUAAUGGUUGCUCAUGAGAUGGAACCAUUAGGGAUAAACCUAUCCAAGAAAAAGUUAAGAACAAGGAAGCAUAGUGAAGUAAUGGUUGCUCAUGAGACGGAACCAUUAGGGAUAAACCUAUCCAAGAAGCAGUUAAGAAGAACGAAGCCUAGUGAAGUAAUGGUUUCUCAUGAGAUGGAACCAUUGGAGAUGAACCCAUCUAAGAAGAAGUUAAGAAGAAAAAGGAAGCCUAGUGAAGUAAUGGUUGCUGGUGAGACGGAACCAUUAGGGAUAAACCUAUCCAAGAAGCAGUUAAGAACGAGGAAGCCUAGUGAAGUAAUGGUUGCUCGUGAGAUGGAACCAUUAGGGAUAAACCUAUCCAAGAAGCAGUUAAGAACUAGGAAGCCUAGUGAAGUAGUGGUUGCUCGUGAGACGGGACCAUUAGGGAUAAACCUAUCCAAGAAGCAGUUAAGAACGAGGAAGCCUAGUGAAGUAAUGGUUGCUCGUGAGACGGAACCAUUAGGGAUAAACCUAUCCAAGAAGCAAUUAAGAGCAAAGAAUUCUGUAGUGCAAGCAAAGAAGAGAAAUACCAGGGUAAAGGCACUGAGCACAAGACAAAUAUCACAUAUUGAUGAAACUUGUGUAGUCAACAAAGUAGAAGGCAAGCAAGACUGUGAAGAUACCAGUAUAUCUUGUGGGUCUCAACCAGAUGAUGAUGUGGAUGAUGAGCUUCCUGACCUGACAUCAUCACCAUUUUUACAAGGAAAGACAGAAGUUGAAUUUAAGCCAGGCGACCUUGUGUGGUCCAUGGAGAGAGGUGUAUGGUGGCCAUCGUAUGUUGAACGCAUUUACCGUGGCAAGAAGGCAUCUGUAUAUUUUAUUGGAUAUAAGCAGGAGACUGGUAUUACAGUGAGCUUCAGUAAGAUCAAAACUUUUCAAUAUGGUAAUGUGCCAUCAUUUGUGGACCGGGGUACGAGUGGCUUCAGUGCAGCACUUCACAUUACAGAAUCAUACUGUCAAUUACAGAAGCAUGGCAUCAAUAUUUCAGUUAAAGAGUUCUUCAGCAUGCCACCUGAAGAUCAAGAUGCCCUUAUCAUUGUGAGUUUGACCCCUAAAGAAGAUCCAUUUUUAGCUUCUCAGAGCACUAAAAGAAAAUUUGAUGACGUGGGUGACACAACACCAGAAACAAAAAAUAUUUGGAAUUAUGAAGAAAAUGAUAAGAUACUUUCUUCAAGAGAUAGGAAAAAAAUGCAAAGUGCCAUUAAAGCAAGAAGGCGGGAAAAUGAAAAAUUGUUAAAAUUUAUGCAGUCUGCAUCAUGCAUGGAUCAUUUGUGGAAAAUAUUCAAUGGAGAGAAGUCUUGUGAACGGCAUGCUUUAUAUCAAGACGAAAUUACAAGAAGAACACUUCUAUGGUCAGGCAUUGGACCAUUUCAGUUAGAUCAAGAUGAUGAUCAGAUCUUGUCUGUGGUUGAUUUCCUGUUCACCGAAUUGAAUAAGAAGAGACCAGACUUCCACCUGGCACGUGAUUAUGUGUUCCGAGUGUGGAUGCAUGAGGCCAUCAAGGAAGCCCUGAGGGUCGUUAAAAAAAUUCCAGAGAAUGAAUUAGAACUAGCAUUGGAGGAAGGUUACAGGGAAACGCAAACAGAAAAGAAGGCUCGUCGUCUAGACUUCACCUAGUAUGGGCAGUUGAGGAGCAACUACUGCAUUUACAGACACAGUGUCAGAAUCUACAUACACAACAGAGGUUUUACUCAUCAAGAUGCACACGGUACAUGCUCAGAUUAUCUGUGCACAAACACCACAACAAUUAGGGUAACUAUGUACACAAGCCAUCAAAAAACAAACAUGCAUGCACAUAUGCAUGCAACACACACUCACGUGUUCAUGACUUUUGCAAAACCAAAAUUGGAAUAUGCAGCAGUUGUAUGGUGCCCAUAUCUCAGGAAGCACAUCAAUAAACUGGAAAAAGUGCAAAGACAUGCUACAAAACAGCGUCCAGAACUGAAA